AUGCACGGCUCCUCAUCAAGAAUAGUUGGAGGGGAUUUGGCCUCUGUGAUGACCCGAGAAGGGGACAAGGUCAGCCUCAUCUGUCAGACUGAUGGUAAACCUGAUCCCACUCUUACUUGGACAAAGGAGAACAGAAACCUUAGCAACCCCAAGCAGGGUAGGAAGCACACCCAUCUGCUGACCCUGGUCAGAGAAGAGGACGCUGGAGAGUAUCGCUGCCGGGCGGAGAAUCCACAUGGGUCGGCCAAUAAGACCUUCCGACUGGUUGUGCAAUCGACUCCGAAUCAUAUGGGCACAAUGGUUCCCCUUCUAGUAGGCUUGUUCCUGCUCAAGGUCUUCUUUUGCUUCUUGCUCAUCCUCGCCACCUUUUGGUUUUCAAACCGUCAGAAGAAAGCUCCAGUGAUGCGAGAAGACACUACCAGAGGAUGAAGAGGAGGCCAACUGGCCACGCUGGGAAAGACUCAGCCAUGGAAGGUCAUGGCCAGGUGCACUUGGCUCCUUCCAUCCCCAGGGUGUGAAAACACCUCAGUACAAAACAAAGGUUUGGGGGUUGGCAAAAUCGGGGUUGGUAAAAUCAGCAGAAACCCCCAUUGAAGUCUAUG